UAGGAAAUAGGAAAUAGGAAUUAGGAACUUUUGGAAGCUCUUUCCUAGAUAAACCCUAUUUGUGUCUUUAGCUCUCAUCCUCAUCAAAUUUGCAGUUGAAGACCAGGCGACCGCAAACCUCCAUAGCCGCCCAGUCGCCGCCAUUUCCUUACGCCCUCAUCAGUUCAGCCAGUUGACAAGUGUCCUCUACCUUGUUUGUUGCUGUUAUAGUGAUGGAGAAAUUUCAAAUUUCUGGGAACAUCUCAUGACUUUGGGUUAUAAAUCUUCCUGGAAUUGCUUAAGAAACUUGACAAGCAGAUUUCAGUUCUCUCAAAGUUACUGUACGAUUUCUGCAAACAGCAUGGCGGAGGGAGGUAAAAGCUUUGUGAGGAGGGAUCGCCUUCUGGAGAUUGAGUCAAAGGUCCGGACCUGGUGGGAUCAACAUGAUGUAUUUGUGUCCGAGCCUGGAGAGCAGCCACCUGGUGAUGGAGAAAAGUUCUUUGGGAACUUUCCAUUUCCAUAUAUGAAUGGGUAUUUGCAUCUUGGACAUGCAUUUUCGCUUUCCAAGGUAGAAUUUGCCGCAGCCUACCACAGACUGAGAGGAGCCAACGUGCUGUUUCCUUUUGGAUUUCAUUGCACUGGAAUGCCCAUCAAGGCUGCAGCGGAUAAACUUGCAAGAGAAAUUCAGCAGUUUGGAUUUCCGCCUGAAUUUCCAUCUGCCGAGGAAGAGGAAGCUAGCCAGCUAUCAGUGCAAGAGGUUGCAAUUGCAGAAUCGCAGCCAGCUCCUGAUAAGUUCAAGGGCAAGAAGUCCAAGGUUGCGUCCAAAACUGGCACACAGCUGUACCAAUGGCAGAUCAUGCGAAGUUUUGGCCUUACGGAUGAAGAAAUCUCAAAGUUUCAGGAUCCGUAUAGGUGGCUGACCUAUUUUCCACCUUUAGCAGUUGAAGACCUAAAAGCUUUUGGCUUGGGUGUCGACUGGAGGCGCUCUUUUGUCACUACAGACAUUAAUCCAUACUUUGAUUCUUUUGUGAGGUGGCAAAUGAGGAAGCUUAGAGCAGCUGGUAAGAUUGUGAAAGAUAAAAGAUACGCAAUCUUCUCUCCACUCGAUGGCCAACCAUGUGCAGACCAUGAUAGGGCUUCUGGUGAAGGAGUCCAGCCUCAAGAAUACACUAUAAUCAAGAUGGAAGUUGUUUCACCAUUUCCUGCGAAAUUGAGCCCUUUAGAGGGGAGGAAAGUUUAUCUGGCUGCUGCUACAUUAAGGCCGGAGACCAUGUAUGGCCAAACAAAUGCUUGGGUAUUGCCUGAAGGAAAAUACGGGGCCUUCGAAAUUAAUGAGACAGAUGUUUUUGUAGUCACUGAGAGGGCAGCCCUUAAUCUUGCUUAUCAGAACUACUCAAGGAUCCCAGAGAAGCCUACUUGCUUGUUAGAGCUUACUGGUCACGACUUGAUUGGUUUACCUCUGAAGUCUCCGCUUGCGCAAAAUGACAUUAUUUACACUCUGCCUAUGUUAACUAUCUUGACAGAUAAAGGUACUGGGGUAGUUACCAGUGUCCCUAGUGAUGCACCUGAUGACUACAUGGCCCUGCACGACUUGAAAGCAAAACCUGCUCUGCGGGCGAAAUUUGGUGUUAAAGAUGAAUGGGUACUUCCCUUCGAGAUCAUACCCAUCAUUAAUAUCCCUGAGUUUGGGGAUAAGCCUGCUGAGAAGGUCUGCACUGAUUUGAAGAUCAAGAGCCAAAAUGAAAAAGACAAGCUUGCAGAAGCGAAGAGACUAACUUAUCUGAAGGGUUUCACUGAAGGGACAAUGCUUGUUGGUGAAUUUGCUGGGGAAAAGGUCCAGGAUGCAAAGCCAAAAGUCAGAUGUAAUCUUUUGGAAACGGGUGAAGCCAUUAUGUACAGUGAGCCUGAGAAAAAGGUAAUGUCUAGAUCAGGCGAUGAAUGUGUUGUGGCUUUAACAGACCAAUGGUACAUCACUUAUGGUGAAUCUGAAUGGAAGAAGUUAGCUAAGGAGUGCUUGGAUAAUAUGAAUUGCUACUCUGAUGAGACUCGCCAUGGUUUUGAACACACCUUGGGUUGGCUUAAUCAAUGGGCCUGCUCAAGGUCGUUUGGCCUUGGGACUCGCAUCCCGUGGGACGAGCAGUACCUUGUGGAGUCCCUCUCUGAUUCUACCAUAUAUAUGGCCUAUUACACAGUUGUCCAUUUUCUGCAAAACGGGGACAUGUAUGGAAGCCACACUGGUUUAAUAAAGCCAGAACAGAUGACUGAUGAAGUUUGGGAUUUCCUAUUUUGUGAUGGUCCAUAUCCACAGCCGUCAGAUAUUAAUCCAAAUAUGCUAAGUCAGAUGAAGAGGGAAUUUGAAUACUGGUAUCCUUUUGAUCUUCGAGUGUCUGGCAAAGACCUCAUCCAGAACCAUCUGACAUUUAGUAUUUACAAUCACACAGCAAUUAUGGACAAGCACCACUGGCCUCGUGGAUUCAGAUGUAAUGGACAUAUUUUGCUAAAUUCUGAAAAGAUGUCCAAGUCCACUGGGAACUUCAGGACUUUGCGUCAGGCUAUUGAGGAAUUCUCUGCAGAUGCCACACGUUUUGCUCUUGCUGAUGCUGGUGAUGGUGUUGAUGAUGCAAAUUUUGUGUUCGAAACUGCAAAUGCGGCCAUUCUGCGCCUCACAAAAGAGAUCGCAUGGAUGGAAGAAGUUCUUGCUGCAGACACAACAUUAAGAUCAGGCGAGCCAUCUACCUAUGCUGAUCGGGUGUUUGAAAACGAGAUUAAUUUGGCAGUAAAGCUGACUGAGCAAAAUUACCAGAGCUAUAUGUUCCGAGAAGCUCUCAAGACUGGCUUUUACGACUUGCAAACUGCUAGGGAUGAAUAUAGAUUCUCUUGUGGUGCUGGUGGCAUGAAUAGGGAUUUGGUGCAGCGUUUUAUGGACAUUCAGACACGACUUCUUACUCCGAUCUGCCCUCAUUAUGGAGAGUAUAUUUGGAGGGAGCUUUUGAGGAAGGAAGGAUUUGCUAUAAAAGCUGGAUGGCCUGUUGCUGAUGCACCUAAUUUAACCCUCAAGAGUGCCAACAAGUAUCUACAAGAUUCAAUAGUUCUGAUGAGAAAACUACUUCAGAAGCAAAUUAUGGGUUCAAAGAAGGGUAACAAGAAGGGAGCCCCUGUUCAACAGCUUACAGAGGACAAGCAAUUAGUUGGCUUGAUUUACGUGAAUGAGACAUAUGAUGGAUGGAAGGAAGUGUGCUUGAAAAUACUCAAAAGCAAAUUUGACUCAGAAACUCGCACCUUUGCCCCGGAUAGUGAAAUUAUGGCAGCACUGCAGAAGAGUGAGAUCGCGCAGGCUACUGAUUUCAAACAAAUUCAGAAGCACUGCAUGCCAUUCUUGAGGUUCAAGAAGGAUGAGACUCUGACACUGGGUCCACAUGCCUUGGAGUUGAAGCUUCCUUUUGGUGAAAUAGAGGUCCUUUCAGAGAACGUGGAUUUGAUCAAGAGGCAGCUUGCAGUCGAGCAUGUGGAGGUCUUGUCGUUUCAAGAUAGCAAUGCUGUUUCUAAGGCUGGAUCACUAAUGUCGGUGCUAAAUCAAAAUCCUCCAUCCCCUGGUAAUCCUACUGCCAUCUUUUUGACAAGAUGAUGGAAAGUGGAAUAUGUAGUUUUGCUGUUUUGGCGUUUUUGAAUUUUUUGUUGUGCAACUUCUUGAAUCCAUCAUUGACUGUACAAACUUCCGGAAGUACAUUGGUUUCUUACUUCGAGUUCUUAUGUAGUUUUUAUCUAGUUCCGAUGA